AUGAAGCUGAGGAGAGCUAAGGAGAUAAAUGAGCUGAGUUCAACUCAAAUGGAGGCUAAGAUCAAAACUCCAAGCUCAACCACUUGGAGAUCAUACUCAACUCAUUCAGAGUUAUCCACGAAGAAUAACCAGACAAAAAGGAGUUCAUACGAAGCAGAUAUUGAAGAUACAUUCUGGAAGAUCUUCAAUGCACCCGAUGGAGACAUGCGAUCACUCAUCGAAGCAUUCCGGCCCAACCAGGAUGAACCAAGCUUCAAAUCUAACUAUUAUAGAUUCUACACUCAUCAUAGGAACACGGAGAGUUGGAUUCGGUUCAAUCGGAGAUCAGACCAAGGAGUUAUCGAUUUUACAAAUCGGGUAAACCGGAGCUUUCCCGAUUUGGACCCAGGCGCACAUAUUGGAAGAUUCCGAUCCAACCAGAAGGAUUUAGGCUACGAACCGACUUGGUAUGGAAUCUUGAAUCAACCGGGGAGAUAUUUCAAUUGGAUUUAUUCCAAUACCGGUUUUGGAUUAAGAGUUAUUCAACUCCUAAACCAGACGAUGCUCAACUUGCCUUAUUUGGAGGCUCACGGGUUUAAUCACUUACAAACCCGACUUUGGCGACCAGGAGAGAGAUCAAACCAUUCAGGAGAGACAUCAACACAUCUUGGAGAUUCAUAUUACAUCUUCCCAUGCACCAGCACCCACAGAAUCAGGCGGAUUCUCAUGUUUGUUAACUUUCCUUUUCCGGAUGCAUUCACACUGGGGUCAAUAUAUCUCCAACGGCUAUAUCUUCAAGACUAUAGCGACUUGAGCACGGGUACAUUGCAUCUAGACGUCCCAAGGCACCAGAGCUUCACGCCCAAGCUCUCAAGACUCAAGCAUCAUCCCAACUUACCUUAUUUGGCCGAGAUUAUCCAUUUAAGCCUCCAACGGCUAGUUCCUUGA